CCCACAUAGCGAUCGGCGGUCACGUGGGGCCCGGCGGGUGUGGCCACGGAGACUGGGCUAAGAUGGCUACAGUGAGGCAGGCUUUCCCGCGGAGGCUGCUGGGCUUGGCGUCCCUCCGGGCUAUUAGCACCUCAUCCAUGGGUGCUUUCCCGAAGCAGGUGAAGAUCGUGGAAGUCGGUCCCCGAGAUGGUCUGCAGAAUGAGAAGAACAUUGUACCGACCGCCGUGAAAAUCAAGCUGGUAGACAUGCUCUCCGAAGCAGGGCUGCCCGUUAUCGAGGCCACCAGCUUUGUCUCUCCAAAGUGGGUUCCCCAGAUGGCUGACCACUCUGAAGUCUUGAAGGGCAUUCAGAAGUUUCCUGGCAUCAACUAUCCAGUCCUGACUCCAAAUAUGAAAGGCUUCGAGGAAGCGGUAGCUGCAGGUGCCAAGGAAGUCUGCAUCUUUGGGGCGGCCUCUGAGCUCUUCACCCGGAAGAAUGUGAACUGCUCCAUAGACGAGAGUUUCCAGCGAUUUGAUGGAGUCAUGCAGGCCGCACAGGCCGCCAGCAUCCCUGUGAGAGGGUAUGUCUCGUGUGCCCUCGGAUGCCCCUAUGAGGGGAAGAUCUCCCCGGCUAAAGUAGCUGAGGUUGCUAAGAAGUUGUACUCGAUGGGCUGCUAUGAGAUCUCCCUUGGGGACACCAUUGGUGUAGGCACCCCGGGACUCAUGAAGGACAUGCUGACGGCCGUCAUGCGUGAGGUACCUGUGGCCGCGCUGGCUGUCCACUGCCAUGAUACCUAUGGUCAAGCCCUGGCCAACACCCUGGUAGCCCUGCAGAUGGGAGUGAGCGUUGUGGACUCCUCUGUGGCGGGCCUUGGAGGCUGUCCCUAUGCACAAGGUGCCUCAGGGAACCUGGCUACCGAGGACCUGGUCUACAUGCUGACUGGCUUAGGGAUUCACACGGGCGUGGAACUCCAGAAGCUCCUCGAAGCUGGAGACUUCAUCUGUCAAGCCCUGAACAGAAAAACCAGCUCCAAAGUGGCACAGGCCACCUGCAGACUCUGAGCUCUUGUUCACCCGAGACCUGGGACUGUGGGGGGUGGGCAUGCACAAAUGAUUCCUUGAUGGGGGAAAUGGAUGUGAACAAAUGAGCAGGUAUAACCAAGGUCCUUCUAGACAGAAAGGGCAGGAGCUGCCAGGCCUGGGGAUGACUGAGUGGCCUUGGAGCCUGGAAGUCUCCCUUCUCUGUGGACCAGUGCCCCAGAGCUGAGUGCCUGAGCAUUUGCUUGGGAUGGCCCUGGGUCUCCUGGGCGGAUCUGCUGGCUAACAGAGCUGAUGCCCACCCUGCCGUGACUGUGGUUCCUGUGCUCUCCUACAGAGAACAGAGAGCAGUUUUCCCACAAGCCAGCCGAGCAUUUGGUGGGGAUUGAUCUGUGGUGGCCAUCUGCCAACCCCAGCAUCUCUGGGAAAUCACUCUGUACAUGAUUUUUGAAAACAGCUUAUGUAAUUAAAGAUUUAAUUUUCUAAUAGCCAA